CUAGCCCAGUUACCAUCUCUACUCAGUGUGUCUGGUAGUUCAACCAACUUGAUCAUCAGCUCAGCACUUCCAAUGGCUUAAUAUUGCUAUGCCACAUUAUAUAUCAUCCCGACUGCCGUGAAAACCGAACUGACAUUUCUGGCCUCCAGUACUGCUCUAAAUAUUCUAUUACCUACGUGUUGAUAGAAUAUCUGGGAUGGAGGCGACGGAAGAACCAGUGACGACGGCUGGGGAAGAGUCAGAGGUAACGUUCACAGUAGUGGACUACACGCUCUUCAGCCUCUUGUUGGUGGCGUCUUUCAGCAUCGGGGUGAUCAGCACCAUCAGGAACCGUGACAAAAAGUCCACGCAGGAAUUCCUGUUAGGAGGCAGGACCAUGUCACCGGUGGCUGUGUUGUUCUCUCUCAUCGGCGGCCGCAUGUCUGCAAUAUCAAUGUUAGGUUGUCCAACGGAGAUGUAUUUCUUUGGCACACAAUUCUGCAUGACCAUGCUUAGCCACAUCCCAGGUGGUCUCUUUGUCGGUACAGUAGUAAUUCCGAUUUUCUCCGAACUCAAACUCGUCUCCAUUAAUGAGUAUAUCCAGCUUAGGUAUGGAUCAAGACUGAUGCGAUUGUUGACAACUUUAUGUUGCCUCCUCACUAAAUUCGGCUACAUGGGCAUGAACCUGUAUGCUCCUUCAUUAGCUCUGUCUACAGUCACGGGCAUCCCUACCUGGGUGUCUACAAUCCUCACAGGAUCGAUAAGUACCUUCUACAUCACAAUUGGAGGUACGAAGGCUGUGGUGUACACAGAUGUGUUACAGACACUGGUCAUGUUUGGCGGGGUCCUGGUGGUGGUGAUCAUCUGUUGUAUCGACCUGGGCGGCGUUGGCAACGUGUGGGCCAUCGCUGAUCAAGGUGGACGCAUCCAAUUUUUCAAUCUUGACACAAGCCCCUACGAGCGUCACACUCUACUGUCUACUCUGGUAUACGGCUUCUAUAUGAUGUUCAGCUCCGUUGGAGUUGAUCAAGUCACUUACCAAAGACUUGCAUCCGUGAGGACACUUCAGAUAUCACAAAGAUUGGUCGCAUUCUUCAUUCUGGGGAUAAUCGUAUUAUCAACAUUGUACUUCUUCUCGGGACUUGUUGCUUUCGCUGUCUACACUGAUUGUGAUCCACUCACCUCCGGUAAGAUCGAAAAACCUGACCAGAUUCUGCCAUUCUUGGUGACUGACAAGUUGAGUCACUUGAUUGGAAUGGCUGGGAUCUAUGUGGCCUCCAUAUAUAGCGGUGUUCUCAGUACACUUUCGUCAUGCGGUAACUCAGUUGCCUGUCUCAUCUGGGAGGACUUCCUGAAGGAGAGGCCCUACUUCAGCAGAUUGAGUGAUGCUGGCGCUACUAACGUCAUCAAACUCCUCUCUUUUCUAGCCGGUGUGGCAGCCAUAUGUAUUGGUCUGUUAUUGGAGAACAUGGGCAGCAUCCUUUACGUAUAUAACAGCAUUAUUUCAGCGGUGACUGGUCCCCUUGUUGGCAUUUAUCUUACUGGUAUCUGUGCACCAUGGGUCAACUGGAAGGGGGCCGUGACUGGAUUCACUGUGGCGUUUGGGUUCAAUAUCUGGCUAGUUACUGGGAAGUUUUUGACCGUCGGAGGAACCCCAACUCUAAUGCCAUUGUCCACCGUGGGGUGCCAGGACAACCUUGCCAACGCCACCAUCGGCAGCCUUAUUAACAACACCACAUUGACUGACAUUGCGUUGAUGACCACAGCCUUACCUGACGUUGUUCUCGCCAACAUCACUGUUGACCAGAUGUAUGAACCCAAAACCAUCUACGACAUAUCCUACUGCUACGCCGGCCCUACUGGUGUUGCGAUAACACUUGUCGUUAGCACCUUCGUCUCACUUUUUACAGGUCCUAACAGCCCCACGGACUUAAGAGAGGGAGUGGUGUACCGUCCCUGUGCCCGGGCCUACCAGAGUGUAUGGCUGCUCUUCAAGGGUUGUCACACUUCCACAAGCACCUCGUUCCCUCCAGCUGCACAUUCUUCGGUGCUUCAUGCUACAAAUGGAAUAACAGCAACGAAAUUCAUAAACACACCAACGUCAUGAAGGCAACAUCUACAGUAAUAUAGGUUUAUGAAAUAUUAAAAUCCUAAGGGCUAUAAACUUCAUUAUGUUUUUCAAGUAUCAAGGAACUCCCUAAAUAUGAUUCUCCAUUUUGUACAUCCUACAGCAUUUAUUUGUUUGCUUGUGUUGGCCAAGCAGGUGGUGUUAUAUGUAGUGAUUAUUAGACAAUAAAAUAAUAACAGUUUAAUGCUAAAAAAU